AUGAUUCUUUUAUUCCAUCACAAGACCGCAUGUUUAUAUAGUUAUAUAACAGUCUACUCUACUCUACUCAAGGUAUACUUUUACCUACUUUUCGAGAUGUCAGAAUUUCAAGGGAAACUGUUUGUAACAGUUAUACAAGCACAAAAUUUAAACAUUAAAAAGGAAGAGUCAUCGUCGGCAGCAGGUCAAUUUGUAGGUGCUCUGUCCAACAAUAUGUUGCAGGGUAUUGAAAAGAUACAGUCCUUUUCUUCGACACACGUCAAAAAGUUGGAAUCUAUCUUUACAGUACCCGGACAAUUCGUUCAAGGUAUAGGCAGUCUUUUGACUGGACAAGAUCAAUCGGCUGCUGCUGCUGCUGCUGCUGCUGCAUCACCUAUAGUAGAGACAGGACCAAAAGAUAUACCACAAGUUGGAGCAAUCUGUGCAGUUACAGUACCAGCAGCAAAAGAUGAUACACCACAAGUAUUUAAAACGGUGCGUGCAUCAAGUUUGGUGGAACCAGUUUGGAACGAAUCCUAUUCAUUCAAUGUAUUUGAUCCAUGUUCACGUAUCGAUUUUCAAGUGAAAUUGGAUUCAAACGAUGGUGAUGAUUUCUUGAUUGGUAAAGCUUCGAUUCAACUAGACGACGAGUUACAUCUUUUCGGUCAGAAACCAGCAGCCAAAUGGAUCUAUAUUCGUAAACGUGUAAAGAAUGGAGAGAUUGCCGACGACGACGACGUCGACAAUUAUCGUGAAGAUGAAGUGGUCGGUCGUAUCGAAGUUCAAAUGCAAUACAAGUUUAGAAAGGUUUGGGAAUGCGUCUAUCACGGUAAAAUGCUCUACAUUGAAAAAAACUAUACCGAUGCUUUGGAACAAUUGGCUGAAGCAAUUGAAAAAGUACCUGCAAAUCCUAAAAUUUAUUCUGUCAUUGUUGAUUGUUACUUGGGAUUAAAAAAUAAUUUAAAGGCAAUUGAAAAUUGUGCAAAUAUUAUUAAAUAUGAUCAUAAUGGUACAAAGGGUAAUUUAACGAUUGCAAAGGUAUUAAUGGCAGCUGGACAAUUAGAAAAGGCACAAGCUUUUAUUGACAAGGCUAAAAGAUCAUCACCAAAGAGUGAAAGAGUACAAAAUGCUCAAUUGGAACUAAGUCAUUUGGUUGAAGUUGAUAAAAUUAACAAAUUAAUGGAUAAUGCUUUUGGUGAAUUUUCAAGAAACGAAUUUCCACAAGCAAUUGAAACAUUUAAUAAGUGUAUAGAAAUUAAUUCACAUAGUCCAGUACUUUAUGAAUUAAGAGCAUUGUGUCAUAUGGCAUCAAAGAAUAAUGCAGCAGCUAUUGAAGAUAGUAAUAAGAUAUUAGAGAUUGAUCAUAAUUGGCCACGUAAAGAGACUGUCUUGUCUGGUUUUAUGAACAAAGACGGUCAAAUCAAUGUGAUGGCAAAAAAGAGAUGGUUUGUGCUGAAAUCACACUUUUUAUUCUAUUUCAAAGACCAAAAUGACUUGCAACCACAGGGUGUCGUUUGUUUGACCGAUUUUGGGUGUGCUCCAAAACCUGGUCAAAAGUCAAAGUUCCAGGUAAAGACUCGUGAUAGAGAGUAUUAUCUAAAGGUAGACACACCGGAAGAUUUUGACAAAUGGGUCAAUCAACUCACUAAAAUGUCUCGUACAAAGUUAAAGCUGCCAUUGCUAAAGACUUGUCAAGACCAGAUUGUAUGGCGUAACAUUUAUCUUGUAAAGGAUGAAUUAGAGGGCAAGACUGGACAGUACAACGUAGCCGAUGUAUUGAUGCUUCCCGAAACCUUGUUUGUCGAGAGUGGCAGAUUUGCCUUUUCGAUUGGUGACAAGAUUAAAGCAAAGUUCCACUCGAUUGUGCAGGCCGAGUGCUCGCGUGUUGGUUGGCUCUACAAGAUUGGUCAAGUUAACAAGGAAUGGCAAAAGCGUUACUUUAUGAUUCACAAGGAUACACUAUACUAUGUCAAUAUCAAAGAUGGUGAUGAAAAGGCUCUUUCCAUCACACCAACUGGUAUCUUACCAUUGACUGGUGCAAAGGUUGAUCUUCAUCCAGAGGGUGUUGCCAAAGCACACUCAUUCUCUAUCAACACUGCCCUACGUAGAAACUUUAUCAUUGCAGCCGACGACCAAGAGUCAAAGGACAAAUGGGUUAGAGCUGUUCAUGUAGCUGCAGGUACUGUUCAAGAUAAUACUAAUGAUAAAAAGGAUGGAAGCGGUAGUGGUAGCAGUACAACAACAACAACAAGUGGAACAGGAACAGGAACAGGCAAGACUACUGAUGAAAAUCAAGAGGAUGCACCAGUCCCAUCAUCAGAAACUAUCUUUGCCAAUCGUUCACGUCGUAUUAAAUCUUUACGUGCUGUUCCAUCAGACAUUGAAAUCCAACUUAAAAAGGAACAAGAAGAAUCUAGAUUCACAUCACCCAAAGAACAGAAAAAGAUUGGGUUCAAUGAAAUGUCUGCAUCCGAGAGUAAAUACUUUAGCAAAUUUAAUCUUCCAAUCGAUCAUCAAAACGCAGCUCCAGUAAUCAUAUCAAGUAAACAAAAUAUUGAUCAAUCAAAUUCAAAUUUAAAUUCAAGUACAUCUGGUACAAACAAUAAUAAUCAAAAUAGUAGUAGUAAUAAUAAUAUAAAUUCAUCAUACAGUCCACAAUUAACAAGUUCAACACAAAUUACAUCGGUCAAUACUGGUAGUUCAAGUCCACACAAUUUAAAUAGUAUGGUAGAAGAUGAAACCACCAUUGAAGAGGAUGAUGUUGGUUUGGUUAGUGGAAAGAAAAAGAAAAAUAUUAAUGAUUCAAAUGAAAUUGAUGAUGAUGACAAAAAAAGAUGUUUUAGAUUGAUUUAUCUGUUGGCAACGAUAUGGUAUUUGGAUCAAUUAUUUUCAGUGCCUGUACCUGUUUGGUUGUCUCAUCAUUCUCCAUAUGACCGAGUUACAUUUAACACUGGGCAAAUCAUCACUCUUAAUCAAACGACCAAGAAAGCAGAGGAUAUAGUUGGAACGCUUUCACCAUCAAAGUCAUUCCCAUUGAUUAGAAUGGAACAUGGUCAUCACUAUUUAAUGCAAUUGGAUAGCGAGUCUAUCAAAAAUGGUGUUCAACUUUUCAAUACUCAUCAUCCAGAUGUUUUGCCAUGUUCCUACCACGAUAUUCUCUGCCAACCUGGUGUUAAAGGUAGAAUCGAAAGAGCUGUCUUGAAAAAUUUACCAUUUUUAUUAAUUCCAAUGUAUGCUGAAUUAUACAAUGUAAUUGUUUAUAGUUUAAAACAAAAAACAAAAUGUGAAUAA